CCGAUUGCCUUGCGAGGAUUGUGGCAUCGCUCUGUUGUGUCGAUCACGAUUCUCGGCGACAUCGCCCUUCUUCCGUUGCGCAAUCGAGCGGGAGCGUGCUUCCACAAUGACCUCUGCAUCCUACUCUACCUCUCGCGAUUUACGGCACUCGAAUACGUGCUGUCUUCGCCAAGUUUGAGCCAUGUGCGUGUGGAAGUCCUGCCGCUGUGUGGUUCCGUGAUGUAGCUUGAGGCCCAAUUUUGACGCUCGAUUGGAAGCGUUUUUGUUGGAUUUUGGGAUUGGAUCACGCUAUUCUCGGUUUCUCGGUCCUGCGCUGUGGUCUCCAAUUGUGCGGUUAGGGUUUUUGUGUUUAGUGGAUCCGGAUUGAAGCUUGUAGAAUAUCCGUGGAUUCUUCUUCUUCAGGGGCUUUUGUUAGGAUGUUUCUGGCGCAAUUGAUGCUUGUUUACUUACUAGGCGUAUGGUGUAGUCGCAGAUCUUUGGACGUCUGGUGUUUGUGUUGUAUGCCUGGCUGUUAAAAGCUCGUUCCUGUUACUUGUAUGAAAUGCGUGGAAUGUUUGAGCAGUGGAUCGGUAGUGAUUUGGAGCGUUCGGAGCAUCCUGAGGUUCGAACGGUUUUAUGAUACGGUAGUGAAGGUUUUUUUCCAAAUCUGAUGUGGCCGAACUUUUGAAUGCACCAAAGCUCGAUAUUUUUAUCCUCUCUUUCUCUUUCUUGGUUAUUUCUUUACGUUUUUAUGCUUUUCGUGUUUUUGGUUAUUCAGUGUAAAAGGUCGUAGACAAGCAGAAACAUAUCUGGAGAGUGGUAGUGUAAAGUAGCACUCGUGUGACUCAUGUGUUAAGAUGAACUUGAGCUUCAGCUUGAGUCGAACGAACGGAUGUUCCUCUUUGCUUUGGCCCGCGUUGAAUUUGGGCGUGGUCAGGCCGACGUUCAAAGUCAUUUUCCUACGCAAAACCCUAAUUUUCUGAUUCUUGUGGCAGCAUAUAUCUUCAUCUGCUGUCAUGUGAGGUGUUCUACCUUUCACACGACAUGUAGCUGUUACUUGGAUGGACUGAUAGCACUUGGGUUUAAGUUUCCGAAAAUCGUCAGCAUCCAUUACGUGGAAUAGAGGACCUGAAUUUCCUUCAGCAAUGUCUUGGUUUUCUAGUACUUUUUCUCUCUCUGCCGCUCCUUCGCCGGAGCAGGAUGAAGAUGACAACGAUGGGAGCCCUAGGCAACCACUUUCUACUGGGAAAGGAGUCACGGACGACUUUUCUGAAUUGACCAGGAAUUUAACUCGAUCGCUAUGGGGCGUAGCAUCGUCUUGGGUUCCUCUUGCCAACGAUGACGAGGAAUCUCCGAAGCAAACGAACACAACUCAAACAGAGUCGCGUAGCGCGUCAAUUGCUGGGAGUUCAAAAGAUCCUCAAGUUGCUGUAGAUGUGGCUGAAACCGAAGAAAAGAAAGGCACAGGUUCUCCAUCGUUGGUUGAGACAGCCGAAGUGGAACCUCCUAGUCUCGGAGAAAAACAUAGUACAUUGGAUGGGCUGAGCAACUCUUCAGCAAGUGGGUCCCCCAGAGCAGCUGGGGAUAAGCUUACAGGUCUACGGAGCGACUUGGCUGAAUUGAAGGGAACCAUGGCCACUGGUUUUUCGCGAAUUCAAACAGUAAUUCGGGCUGUUACGCAGGAUGAAGAUGAAGAUGAAGACGAGGAUGAUGACUCGUCUCAAGUUUCGCUUGCAGGUGGCAGUGCAUCUGGCCUACCCAAAAACGAAGGAGAUGAAACUUCAAGAAAUAUUGGGAUCAGUUCUUUGCUGAAACCAUUGUUAGUGAGCAUGUCGUCAUUUCGUGAAAGGCUUCCCCGGAACGAGAGAGGAGAAGAGUCACCCUUGGUCGCAGGAGAACAUAGUCAAGAAGAAAUUGACUACGAAACCGAGCACAAGGUCACUGGACGAAGUUCUCUUGGGGGCGGUAUCGGUGGUUUGUCGAGACUUGCCAACAGUUUCAUUCCCUUUGCUCGGGACAUUGUUGGAGAAAUUUCAGGAAGAGACUACUACGCCGUCGCAUUGACGGAUGAGGUUGUUGCCUUCGCCGACAACAUUGCAGUGCAUCCGGAGACAUGGCUGGAUUUCCCUUUGCCGGAGGAAGAAGACGACGAUGAUUUUGAAAUGACGGAAGUACAACAAGAGCACGCCAAAGCAGUGGAACAAUUGUCAUCUAAGCUUGCUGCAGUGCACCGUGAGCUUUGUCCCGCAUUUCUUAGCGAGGGUCGCUUUUGGAAGAUCUAUCUUGUGCUCCUACAUUCGCGCAUAAGUAAAGAGGAUGCCGAGCUUUUAUCUACACCUCAGGUUUUAAAAACUAGGGAGCUACUUUUACAACGCAAAGAGGAGCCCAGAAUGCCUGAUACAGCCGCCACGCAGUCAGAACGCAAAGAGCUUGGGCUUACUGAGUCGAAUCUGCUGGAUACACCUCUCGAAUCGUCUGCAGAAUCUGCACCCUCGCCCAUUCUGGAGGAGGCGUCACAGGACGCCACUUCUCUUCCUAAGUCAUCUCAGGAGGCUGUCUCGGCUGUGGCAGAUGUCAAGGAGGAAGAACAGAACUCAAGCUCUGUGGACUUUUCAGCUUUGAGGCUGGACGACGAGGAUGGAGAUGUAGAUGCAUUUCUUGAUGACGAAGACAAUGACGUACAAGAAACUGCUCAAAGAGGAGCGGCGGUCUCCAUAGACGAAGAUAUAUCCUUCAGUGAUCUGGAAGAAGAAGAAGAAGAAGAAGAAGACGUUGGAAGCAGCAAAGGAGAGGAUGGUUCCAAUGCUGUUAAAAAUGACAAUGGUCAGACAAGUGAUUCUUCACAAGGAGAUGCGUCUUCUGGGAGCAAGCACGAAGGCGACUGGCUCACAGUGAAUAAAGAAGACGUUGCUAGUUCGACUCCCUUUUCUCCCUGAUAGUGUUUGGAAUCUGAGCUCGUGGAUGCAAUUCAGCUGAAUAAUGACAAGUUGUGUCAAGUUGGCUUAUUUGCCUUCAUCUUUCAUCGACGUGGUCAGCGGGAUGACGUAUGCAACUAUCGUAGGAAGGUGGAUUGGGUUUUGGGGAGAAUCUCAACCUUCUCUUUUGCACCAAUCAUACUGGGUGGUAAUCAAAACCGACUUCCGUGAUAAUGAGCGAAACAUACAACGCCGCUCAUCAUAGACCCUCACCAGGUGCUUGUCUUGUAAGAAUAGGUUCAAAUGUAUAGUGUCGUGUUAUUUAGGUCCGAGAGACCGGCUCCAACAAGCUUUGACUGCACAGGCAUGUCAGAAGCAGCAACUGUGUACUUGAAAAACAGUUUUGUCAUGUAUAUACAUGUUUUCUCGUCAUUGUUACAUUAC